AUGACGACGAUCUCAAUUGCGCAUGAGCAAGCAUUGCAAAUUACAUCGCUAGAAAAUAUCAUAACAGUCAUAAUUCUCUUGCGAAUGAGCCAUCAAGAGAUUUCAAUAAUAAUUCCUAACGCUCAAGACACUGAUAUUCAACCUGUCUCAGUAUUGUUACCGUUAAAACGUUCAUUAACAUCGAAUGAUGGAGAGAAUUAUCAACAAUCAAAAAAAUUAGUAGUUGAAAUAGAACAAAAUUCAUUAAUAAUACAUAAAUUCUAUUUACAAUUGAAACAGUCGUAUGAACAUGGUAAACUGACGUUCGACGAUGAUUAUAUUGAAAUAAUGCUUUUAUUAUUGAAUAAUUGCUCAUACUUACAAAAAUUAAGACUCAAAAAAUUAUUUUUUGAAGAAGAUAUAUAA